AUGGAUCCCUACAGUGAAACAUCAGAUCUUGUUGACAUUUCUCGCUUCGACACCCACGGCCUUGGAGCUAAUUACAAACUACGACGACAUAAGUUCGAACACCUAGCUGACACUGGAUGCCACAAAGCAAGGUCAGAUUGGGUAAAAUACAUUGGCCCUCUUACUGAAUUCGGAGGCUGCAAUCACAUCAACGGGAAUUUCUCUGCUGUAGUGUUGCCAUUGUGCAGACCUGACCGCCUGGAGCUUAUAGCAUAUGUACUCGAAUUCGCAUUUCUUCAUGAUUCCGUUCUAGAGUCAGAAAACACGUCUCCGGAAUCCGAAGUGCAAGCCGAGGCUGGUCUACGCCUCUUAUAUGAACGAUGCAUAAGUCGACUCUUGCAGACAGACGAAGUAUGCGCCAAAAAGAUUGCAAAGACGUGGAAAGACGCGAUCAACACAACUACAAAGGAUAAGAACGUGGACUUCCAAUCUAUAGAAGACUACUUGGAGUUUCGCAUGAUUGAUACUGGUGCACCGUUCGUCGAGGCCCUCAUGCUUUUUGGAUUGGGCAUGUCGCUUUCACCGCAAGAAGAUGAUGCUCUUGGUCACGUUAUUCGGCCAUGUUUCGCCGCUUUGGCGUUGACGAACGACUACUUUUCGUUUGAUCGAGAGAUGGAAGAAGUCGAUACUUCUACUCUUAUCAACUCGGUUGCCAUCGUAAUGCGAAUUCAGAAUCUGGACAUUCCCACCGCCAAGACAAUUAUCAAUGAGACUAUACAGAAGUACGAGCGAGAGUUCCUCCGACGCAUUGAUGAGUACAAACAGCACAAAGGACCAAUCUCUAACAAGAUUGAACAAUACAUGGAAGCUAUGACUUAUCAGAUCAGUGGGAAUUUAGUAUGGAGUCUGAAUUGUCCUAGAUAUAAUCCUGACUAUCGGUACGGACUGGAGGCUUGUCAGCACGAGGGUUGA